UGGGAACCAAAUAGAAUGUUCAAGCAUUGUUUUUGUUUUUAUUGUUGAAAGGGUCUAUAGGGAAUUUCUGCGUGACUGAUUCCAGAGCUAUUUAGUGUGUCGUGGACCAGUUUUUUUGUGAAAUGGAGUGAUCCGCAGCCAAUGACGAAAUCAUAAGUGAAGUAGUAAAGCUGGCGGGCGCUAGUUGAUGCCAUAGUAGGCCUAGAGUCGUUUUUAAUAAAGCAGUUGCUACCAGCGACAACCCCUGGACCCGAAGUCAUAAAACAGCGUCAAUUAUUAAUGCGCUGUCACACAGACUGGGCAGCGAAGCCACGGCAGAAAUAAAAAAAAAUACAUUAUGGAGGAGAGCCAGCCCUCUCCCUCCUCACAGAGAGAGGUCCUCAUUAUUCCUCUCUAUCCCAAUGCCACCCCUGUAAGCACUAUUCAUCAGACGUCAAGCCCCUCGUCUCCUCAGACCCCCAUCAGUGCCACUGCCUCCUCUCCUCAGACCACGUCCAAUGCUACUGUGUCUUCACCAAGAGGACCAGGUUCACAGCUGUUUGCCGAGCUGCUGGAGAGCCAUGCCAAUCGCAGCCUUCGAAAGGCCUCCCCAGAGCCUGCAGCUUCACCACCCAGGGAAGCCACACCCUCUCCUGUAGCCACACCCCAAAGCCUGUCUCUCUCACUGAGCACUUCGACCACAUCCAAUGCCACUGUGUCUUCACCAACAGGUCCAGCAGGUUCGCAGCUGUUUGCCGAGCUGCUGGAAAGCCAUGCCCGUCGCAGCUCUCAGAAGGCCUCGGGCCCUGCAGCUUCACCUCCAAGAGAAGCCACGCCCUCUCCAGUAGCCCCACCCCCUCCUGUAGCCACACCCCAAAGCCUGUCUCUCCCUCUGACUCAACAGCCAUCACCCACAGUGCCAGGUGGAUGUGGACUCGGAAAUCCUGAGCUGCUCAAAGAACUGAAGCAGCCACCCCCACUCAAGCAUGUGUCCGCCCACAAGGGCCUGACCACUGUCUUCUCUGGCCGGGGCCGGACCCCAUCAGCAAGUUCUCCCACCAGUGAUGGAGGACAGAAGCCCCAGCGCUUGUCCAAUGGCAUGCAGCAAUAAAAAUGAGCCAUGAUUAAGAUCACAGUUUGCACUAGGUGCCAUUCACCUGCCACAGCCAUGAUUCUGUACUUACCCAUUCUAUACUAUUUUAUCCACACUCCUCAAUAGAGUUAUAUUAUAUAUUGUAUAUCAUAGAAGAGCACACUGUUCUGUACUGUAAAUGAUGUUUAUAGAUACUGUAUAAAUGGUGUAGCUUGAGAAAGUGAUAUCAGGCAUGAAUGUGAGUUGUAUUUGUAUAAGGAGUGUGUGUGUGAGUGUCUGAGUGUGUGUGUGUGUGUGUGUGUGUGUGUGUGUGUGUAUGUGUGUGUGUGUGUAUGUGUGUUAGUUUGAGAAGAUCCUCCCACCCUUGCUCACAACCUGCCUAAAUAAGCUAAUGUUUCACUUCCAGAACUUAUAAUAAAACACAACUUAUUAUUACAACAUUGCAGUGUUUGUAGUACGGUGGCCCAGACGGCUCAACAAAAUGCAAAAGUCACAACACAAUUGCAAAAGCCAAAACACGACAGCAUAAACACUUCCAAGUGUCAGAACACGACUGCAAAAGGCGGCUUAACAAAAUACAUUAGCCACAACAUAAUUACAAAAGCAACAACACUACAGAAGUGAGCAGUGGUCUGUUCUUGUGGGGAGACCACUCACCUCUGAAUGUGUGCGUACACAAACCUACAACACUAGCUGGGAGGAGAAUAAACUACGCGAAAUAUGGCGCAUCUGUGGAAGAGUUUUGCUCAAGUGCCCCCCCCCCCCCCCCCCCCCAGCAACGAGACAACUAGGCUAUAAGGAGUAACUACAUUUAGUUUGUUUGUAGCAACCGUAGCCUUUACCGUAUUAGCCAGUAGCUGCUGAAUUGCUGCCAGAAAACUAGCCAGCUUGUGUAUUUUCAUUAAUAUGCUCAUCUACUAAAGCUACAAAAAGUCUCCUCCUCAAAAAUGAUAAAUAAAAUAUGUAAAACUCUG